CUUUAUUACGUCAUCACGCAUGCGUCGUGACGCAGCAGGCGGGUCCUGCUGUCAGUUUCCCCGAGUUGUACAGUUCGACCUAAAGGCCACCAUGGUGCUGAACCCAGUCAUUUCCAAGCUUGCUGGUAAACUGGUUGUGCUGGCCAGUGCUUCUCCUAGAAGACUUGAGAUUCUCCGCAGUGCAGGUUUACGUUUCGAGGUUGUGCCGUCCUGGUUUAAGGAAACCCUCGAUAAAGGGCUUUUCAAAGCACCUCAUGAGUAUGCUGUUGAGACAGCCAAGCAGAAGGCCCUGGAGGUAGCCAGGAGGAUGCCCUUUAAACACCUGAAGACUCCAGAUAUAGUUAUUGGGGCUGACACAAUUGUGACUGUAGAUGGCAUGAUUCUGGAGAAACCAGUGGACAAACAUGAUGCUUAUAGGAUGCUGUCAAGUUUGAGUGGUAAAGAGCACAGUGUGUUCACUGGUGUAGCUAUUGUCCUCUGCCAUGAAAAAGAAAAUGAAGAAGUCGAUUACCAGCUGGUAGAUUUCUACGAAGAAACUAAAGUGAAGUUUGCUGAUCUCUCAGAAGAUAUGCUGUGGGAGUACAUCAAUAGUGGUGAGCCCAUGGACAAGGCUGGUGGCUAUGGUAUUCAGGCUCUGGGUGGCAUGCUGGUCGAGUAUGUCCAUGGAGACUUUCUCAAUGUUGUGGGUUUUCCCCUCAACCACUUCUGCAAACAGCUAGACCUUAUUUACAAUUUUUGUACUUCCUCUUUGAAAAGCAUGUCUACCCUUCCAAGCUGCAGCGACAAUCUUCCCAUCUCAGUACCCACCCAGCCCCCCUCCAGCUCACAAGCUCUGCCCAGCCACAACUCAUCCGUUCGCAGACCAAGCAGCCCCUGUGACAUUCAAAGACUCCACACCCAGAUCACCUCCACAGCCAGUCCUGCCCAUAAGGUAAAAAGAGAAGACAGUGAAAGUGAAAUUUCACAGACAUUGGUCAAUAGCACGUCUAAACAUACAGACAACAGGAAGGUCAAGCUUCAUGACAAUGAAACAUUACCAUCGAUAACAAGGAGAGGGCAGGUGACUGAACCUACAAGAGGAGACUUGGAGCGAAUCUGUGAACUGAUGGAUGGAUUCAAAGCCUCAAAGGCACUUUUUACAGCAUCCAAGUUGUGUUUGUUUGACCUGCUACAUAGCCGGCCUGGGCUGGAUGCAGCACAGGUGGCCCAGGAGAUCAAAGCAUCUGCAAAGGGGACCGAAUGUCUGCUGGAAGCCUGUGUAUCUCUGGGAUUGUUGAAGAGUAUAGAGAAAGCAUGCCAAAAGCCAGUGUAUGAGAACGCAGAUCUGGCCACAGAUUUUUUGAGGUCAGAUGCCCCGUGUUCGCUGCAUGGCUACCUCCAGCACUGUAACGAAACCAUGUGGCCACUUUUCUCCCACCUUGAGAGUGCUGUGCAGGAGGGCACCAGCCAGCGUGAGAAGGCCUUUAGCAAGCAAAUGCUUCAGGAAACUUCCUCCAGCAGUCGGGAAGGCAAACUGAGAUUCAUGAAGGCCAUGCACAACAUUGCAAAAAUUACAGGGAAAACCAUAGCAACGGCAUUUGACCUCUCCACCUAUAAGUCAGCCUGUGAUCUCGGAGGGUGCACCGGUGCCUUGGCUUAUGAAUUCGCCGAAGCUCAUCCUGGAUUGUCUGUAACAGUGUUUGACUUACCUGCUGUUGUCGAGUUGAAUGAAUUUUUCCAUCCACAGCACCCAGACAACAGGGUAUCAUUUGUAGCAGGAGACUUUUUAAAAGACGAAUUACCCAAAGCAGACUUGUAUAUCCUGGCGAGGAUUCUUCAUGACCUGCCUGAUGAGAAAGUGCAUAUACUGCUGAGUAAAAUCACAGAUGCAUGCACAGCAGGCUGUGGACUCCUGCUAAGCGAGAUCUUCCUGGAUGAAGACAGAAGGGGCCCCAGUCGUGGGCUGCUGCAGGCCCUUAGCAUGAGCGAGGGGAAACAGAGGAGCGCAACUGAAUAUAGCCUGCUUUUGAAGAGCCACGGUUUCAUCACAGCGCAUAUCAGACAUACAGACAACCUCCUGGAUGCCAUGCUGUGCAUCAAAGCUUAACACUACAUGCACAGUAUACAUUUUGGUGUAUGCUGUAGGUAACUGUUGCCAAAAUCAGGACUGUUUUUUUUGUGGUUCUUUAAAACAAGCUAGCUGAUAACCAAUAAAAGACGUCUUUGUUUUAAAGUGUUUCAUGUGUGCUCUUUACACACUUAUAAUCCUGAAUGUGUUUUAAAUUCUCACCUGUAAGAUCGCUGAAUUGUUGAGCAAACACGGAGGUCUGUGUUACCCUAAAGCUUUCAUAACCAUUAACAUGCAUUUAAACUUUGCAAACAAAUCAUUGUGGCUUUCAAUCAUUUUACCACAAUACAUGGGGGCUUUGUUCGUGUUUGUUUGCUUGAAGAAGCACUGGCAUGUAGAAAUGGUGAUACCACAUUAAAAAAAAAAAUAUCCGGUUCAUGAAAGUGUCUAGCUUUAAACAUGGGUUAAAAAAAGUGCAAGUAUUUAAUUUUUUAAACCUGGUUAGGGUGGAGCUAAUUCAGAGUAUGUUGAAUACAACAGGAUUUGUUGUGUUAUAAAAUAUAUUUUAUGCUAUUGUGUGGAGUAGAGAAACCGUGGCUGCCAGUUUGAGCCUGCUACUUCUUUGGUAUAAUGCAUUAGAGCCCUUAUAAAUUACUACUAAAAUAAAGGUAUCCUUUGCAAACCCUUGAAAAAUAAGUCUCUUUUUGGUGGCAGUUAUUCUGCAAAAUGCACCACACCCCGAUCACAAGGUCCAGCAAGCCAGCAGACAUCAGAUCUGUCAGGCAGUACAAGUUAAUCCUAAUACAAGCCAUAUUUUGUGUUUGCCAGUUUCAUCCAUGCUUCAAGGCUUGGGCAGUCUUUUUUAACUGGCCUUCUGGUGGCGCACCCACU